CCGAUGGCAAGAAAAUAAUACAAACAUGGCACACUCGGACGACUAGGCCAACGUCAAAGUCGAAUUUGCGGCCAAUUCGGCGCUUUAGGCGAUACAUUUUCUUCUGCUAAGGACAAGCCGCGUUUCAUUAAAUGAGAUGCGGUUGAACAAGCAGGAAAUGUUCAGUUUUGCCAAACAACCAUCGCAAAACUUUGACAAGGAAGGGGUGCUGCUGCUGAAAGAGCGCCAGGAUGGUUUUUUCAAACGAACUGAGAGUAAAGACAACUUAAAAGUAAAGCAAAGAAGUAGGAAUUCAUCUAGCAAGCUGAUUUGUGUUGGAUCUACCAAACGAGUCAGCAGUGAGCGAUGGUGUCGUCUCAGGGGCAACAUGUUGUUCUACUUCAAAUCUCGAGAGCAGUGGUCGGAACCAGCCGGCGUCAUCUUAGUCGAGGGCUGCUCUAUCAAACUCGAGCCAGCAACUAUGAACGACGGCUCAUACGGAUUUGCACUUGUUUUUGAGGGAGGUGUGAGUCAGCACUUGGCAGCAUUGAGUGUAGAGGAGCGAGAUCGUUGGGUAGCUGCACUUCAGAUUGCUGGAUAUGAAACCAUCAGAGCUCAAAUCACAGCAAUGAAACAAGAAUUGGACCUUCGAUAUGGUGGACGUGAAAUCGAACUUGACGUCAAUACGUGGAGAGCUCGACGUGGGAGAUUGAUAGAUCCUUGCGAGGCUCCAUUGUGUGAGGUUUCAUUCUCCUGUGACAAUCUGUUAUGUGAUGGCCACGGAAAACCACCCAACCCGAUGCUUAGUCUGCACGUCUUCAUGCCGUUUGAAGGGCGUUGGGUUCAGUAUGGAAGGACUGAAGUUAUAAAGUGUAAUAGCAACCCUAACUUUUUGCACACGGUGGCUUUGCGGGCCAGUGACGGCCUGGUGAAAGAAUCAAAACUGCGCAUAUCCCUUUACAAUGUGAGAGAGCCCAUAUCACAGGUUGCCACUUUGCUGGGCAGGGCAGAGUUGCAGCUUAAGCAAUUGAUUCAGGAUGAAUCUGGCUGCAGUGUUAGACUUGCAUUGAAAUCAAUUACACCCAAUAUUGAAGCAUACACAACGGGUUUUGUGACUGCCAGUUCGUGGACUCUUAAAGUGGAAAGCAACCAUUCAAGCACAGAGUCAACUCCCUGCAAAAGUCCUUUGAAACAGGAUCCGGCGGUUUACUCACAUCGACGAUCAUAUUCUUUGCCGUCAAGACUGGGCACCAAACUGAGUCUUCCCCAGCAGGGCGAGUUGAACAAAAUCUACACUUCGCCCUUCAUUCGCACAUACAGGUUUCAUUCGGGUCUCGGAGGUGACAUUUGCGUACAUGAAACAAUGGCAGAGUCAAGGAUGUCAUUCACAUUCCCUCAACAGCUACUGCAACUUUGGAUCAACGAUGAGAAAGAGCUAUUGCAAGAAGUGGCUGGGAUGGGAGAGUUGCGCGAGCCUUGGCACUCGAAGCAAAUUCAGCUCUUGGAUAGGCACCUUCAUUUACUUCACAUGUAUUCGCAAGCAAAGCAAAAUCUCCAAAACAAUAAAGAUCGUAAUUUUAAACCCAGCUGUCAAAAGGACGAUCGCUCUCUUGAAUUUGUGCCAAUCAACUUACAUCUGCAGAGGAUGUGGGUGCAAAACGAUACUCUACGACGUAAAGGGCUUUAUGAUGUCAUAACUGUAGGUGCUUUUACAAGUCAUGCCAACAAGUGCAAAGCUGGCGGGCUCCUCAGGCUGCUGCAACAAAUGAAGGAGUCGGAUCCCAACAUAAAUGAAGAUAAUCAAGGGCCAAGCAAGAUUUCUAUGGCUCAUGAUACAGUGCAAGCAAUCAAGCAGCUCCGCAGAGAAGUUGUUGAAAGUAUGAGGAGUUUGAUGAAACUGGCCAAGGAGAAACAAACACAGGGAAUGCUACCACUUUGUGAGGAAAUGAUUAAGAAGACUAAAAUUCUUCUUAGUUUGUGGGAUACCAGUCUAGUUGAGGAGGCCAUGAGUUUUUUGGAGGAGUUUAAAGUUAGCUCUACUCUUGAGUGUGAUAAAGCUGACGUCUUGACUCCGUAUCGGCGAAUCACACAACAGCUUUUGAAUUUCAAACCACUCCCAGAAGAUGAACUGCUCAGCCCCGACUUAAGCACUCCUGUUGAUGAGAGGCUUCGAUUGAUCAAUUGUUGGACAACUGAUGAUGGUGACACCCUCACUGCUGAGAUUGUCCACGUUGGAGAGUCCUUGAUUGUGGAUACGAGCAGCUUCCAGGAAAUUCCGCUGCUCUGUGAAACUGAAGAGACGGUUAUAAAAAUCCUUGAUCAAGACGAAAGCAACAAGAGCAGUCUGAAUGACGAGGUUUCGCCCGUUGCCGAAAAUGAAAAGGACAAAGAGACCAGCGUUGUUGACAUUGUCAUCCGGAAUGACUUCAAUACUGACUCAGAAAAACUUGACGAGGAAAUCAAGCAGAUUUUGCCUCCUGAUAGUGGUCCGGAAUCAAUAUCAAGACAGUUCCUUGACACUCAGGCAAUGUGCAAUUCACCCACCGCCAAUUAUUACAAGCCAACGGAUGAGCCAGAGCCUUGGGACCUGACUCAACUCAACAUCGAGGCCUCAAUGAUGUGUUUGGUUUCCAAAGUAAAGUUUCUGUGUGGACGAGUGGGCAGUCCGGCUGUGAGACUUAGGGCACAAAAUUCUAGAAAAAUGUCAACACAUUCCAGUUCUUCGGACGUUUCUAAAGAUUGUGAUGGAAAUGUUAAACGCAUAAAUAAGUUUACGGAUGGCCUGGACUUUUCUGCGAUGGUCGAUUGGGCGGCAGAGUUGAGACCGCCUAUGCGGAAGCUCCGGCAAGCAAUGGACGGUCUGCUGAAGACUGCUCGCUUGACCCACAGCGUGCUGCGCGUCCAGCAGGACUCACGGGCAGCUAUGAAAGCGUGCAGCAUCCAAUACCGCAGAGAUAUUUGUUUUUCGCAAGCGCUGACGUCUUUGGUGUCGGGUCUCAUGGCCAAGUUGUGGUGUGCCAAACCUGACCCAAGAUUCCUGCUAGUCUUGAGCACAUUAGGCCCUCUGGUAGAGUUUGAAACUUUGCUGAGUUAUCACGGAGAUGAAAUUGCCAUGUGGGGUGAUAUGGUAGUUGCCGUGGAAGAUCUUUGCACCGUUACAUUCACUUUGGCACAUGCGAGCACUGAGAAACCUUCAAGCCAAGGUUCUCAAGAGACCAAACCCAACCUUAUCCCCAGAGUUACAGGGUGUCGAGCUGCUUUGAGUGUAAUAUUGCCAGUUCCUGAAGUUGUUAUGUCCCUGCUGCCUCCACCUCCUGCUGGUGGAAACCGAUCAUUCCAUGUGACGCCUGUAUUUUUCAACAUUGGCAUCAACGAGAAAGCAACACUUGCUGAAGGACUAGGCAAAACUAAGCCUCAGGAAAAAAGCAACAUUGACAACUUUGAACGUCUCAAUGACUACUACAACCGAUACAAAAAGAUCAGCGAUUUAAGUCUCCCAAUCCACGGUGAAAACAGCUUUCGACGAAGUGCCAGUUACGGAGCACCACCCCUUGCAAAUCUGGUGGAAGGCCUAAAAGUUGCAGUGCACAGCAAAAAGUCGAAAAAUGUAGAAGUCUUGCAUUUAGCAUCAGCAAUUUGUCGAUCAAUGAAUGGACUUCGAUUCACAAGUUGCAAAAGUGCCAAAGAUCGCACCGGAAUGGCCGCUACGUUGGAGCAGUGCAACAUCCUGGUGGCCGAGUACAAUCUCUCCGACAAUGAGGUUCAACGAGCACUCGACUGCAUGCGCAGUGAGGGCUGCCGGAUGGAAAACACGCGCAAGAACAUCGGUGUCAGCAAGUACGCCUUUAAUACUCUUCAACUCCUCACUUUCCCAAAACAAUACAGACCUCCGGCAGGUACUUUCGGAUCCAGCGAAACAUAGAGCUUCCCCUGUCAGUUUCCCUUUGGAACUCUUCCACGCAUAAUUAUUUCCAUAAGAUAAUCAAGUCAAUGGAGCUGCUUGAUGUUGAAUUUUAAGAUUUUUAGAUUAUUGGCAGCUUGGUUUUUGGCACCACUGUCUGCUCUCAAACGAAGUCUCGCAGAAAAUAAAACUCGCAAUGUCUUGCUGCAGUACUGAUAUAUACAGAGCACAAAACUUGCUCACUUCUGAGUACUUUUUAAACCAUCGAAUGUUUUUAACACAUUAUUUCAAAGUAAUUAUUUUCUGGUCAUAUUAAAUAUUAUUGAUUUAUCUGCUUUUAAUAUUUCAUAGUAAUUGUGAUUGUUAUACCUCUUAUUAUUGAAUUUUAAUUACUUUGUGAUUUUUGCUUCUACUUGUAAUUAUAAAAAUUGGUGCAAGCACCACUGCUGUAAUAUUAAUCAAUUAAUUGGUCAAAAGAAUUGUGUUACUUAAAGUAGUCAAUUAGUGUUGAACAAAAUUGGUAGAAAGAAAAUUCAAAUAAUAUAUUGAUAACGUUUGUCUUACUGAAAGAUAUUGUGCUAUUGCUAUUAAACAUUUAAUUAUUAUACACAAUUAACAAAUCUUUGUAGCUCAUUUUCAGAAAAAUCUUACCAUGUUAGACCCUUGCAGAAAAUAAAUAAUUGUUAUUACAU